AUGUUGGAGGUGUUGGCAGGGGCCGAGGCUCCAAGAGGCUGCAGCCGGCGGCUCCCUCUCUAUGGUGGCGGGGGCGGGCUGUGUUCUGACUCCGCCCCCAGUGCUUGGUUUCCCAAUAGGGGUGGUGUCUCGUCGCCCUGGAGACAGCGUCAGGGCCUGCGGGAGCCGGAGGAGGCGCGGCUGCCGCUGUUGCCCCAGGGGGCCCUUGCCCCGCCCGGAUGCGGGGCAGGGCGGCCUGCUAACAGAAUGAAGAUGAACUCCAAUGACAGCAGCGAAUCAGAGAAUGAUACUGAGGAAGAGGAGGAAGAAGAAGAGUUUGCAAAUGAACACAUUAAGAGACUGGGUGGAGGAAGUAAAGAUAUGCAGCAGGAUGGCACUCCUCAGGAGGGAGCUUUUGAGACAGAGGACACAUGCCUAGGGCACAAGAGUUCAGAUGGGAAAAGUGAUGUGCUGACUGUCUCACUGAUCGAUCUGGAAGAACAAAUGACAGAAAACUGUGAAGCAGAGACCACUCCAAGAAAGAAAAAGAGAAAACACAGGCUGCUGUCUAUCAACCUGACCAACUGCAAGUAUGAGAGCGUGCGGCGUGCUGCCCGACACUGUGGCCUAAAAGAAGUGGGGGAGGAUGAGGAGUGGACGGUGUACUGGACUGACUGCUCGGUCUCUCUGGAGCGCGUCAUGGAAAUGAAGAGGUUUCAGAAAAUCAACCAUUUCCCGGGGAUGACAGAGAUCUGCCGGAAGGACCUGCUGGCCCGCAACCUCAACCGCAUGCUCAAACUCUUCCCCAAGGAGUACAGCAUCUUCCCCCGCACCUGGUGCCUGCCUGCUGACUAUGGGGAUUUCCAGGCCUACGGGCGCAUAAGGAAAAACAGGACGUACAUCUGCAAGCCAGACAGUGGCUGCCAAGGAAGGGGCAUCUUCAUAACCCGCAACCCAAAGGAGAUUAAACACGGGGAGCACCUGAUCUGCCAGCAGUACAUAUCCAAGCCCUUCCUUAUUGAUGGCUUCAAAUUUGACCUGCGUAUCUACGUCCUGGUCACAUCCUGUGACCCCCUGAAGAUUUUUGUCUAUGAGGAAGGGCUGGCCCGGUUUGCCACCAUGAGGUACAUCGAGCCCAGCAGCAGCAACCUGGACGAUAUCUGCAUGCACCUGACCAACUAUGCUAUCAACAAACAUAAUGAAAACUUCAUCCGAGACGACAUGAUGGGCAGUAAGAGGAAACUGUCUACCUUGAAUGCCUGGAUGAUGGACAACAGCUACGACACGACAGAACUCUGGGAAGACAUUGAGGACAUCAUUAUAAAGACCCUUAUCUCAGCCCACCCUGUUCUGAAGCACAACUACCGCACCUGCUUCCCCAACCACAUCACCGGCUGUGCCUGCUUUGAGAUUCUGGGCUUUGACAUCCUGCUAGACAGAAAGCUGAAGCCCUGGCUGCUGGAGGUGAAUCACUCUCCCAGUUUCACCACGGACUCGCGCUUGGACCGAGAGGUGAAGGACGCUUUGCUCUGUGACGCCAUCAACCUGAUAAACCUGCGAGCCUGUGACAAGAGGAAGGUGCUGGAAGAGGACAAGCGACGGGUGAAGGAGCGACUCUUCCAGGCCCACCAGCCACCUCGUGAAGCCAGACGUGAGCAGUUAGAGAACAGCCAGGCGGCCUGGCUGGCCCAAGCGGAGAAGUAUGAGAACACGCACCUGGGAGGGUACCGGCGCAUUUACCCCACGCGCGAGACAGACAAGUAUGAGCCAUUCUUCAAGCACAGUGGCUCCCUCUUCCAGGAGACAGUGGCUUCCAAGGCAAGAGAGGAGUGUGCCAGGCAGCAGCUGGAGGAAAUUCGCUUGAAGCAAGAGCAACGAGAGGCUACUACUGGGAAGAAGAAAAAGGAGCAAAAGGAGAACCUGCAGGGAGAGUCAGCUGGGGAGAAAUCCCGCAUCCGCACCAAGGCCAAGGCUCCUCCCACUCGCCUCACCUACAACAGCGCCAGGACCUGCAACAGGAAGAUGCAGCAGAUGGUGUUUGACUCCAUGCGGCCCCAGGAGAUAGUGGAAGAUGAGGAAGUAGAGAGGAUCAAGGCUCUUCUGCAGCGCGAAAACCUCAUCCGGGGUCUGGGCAUCGUGGAUCAGCUCUCUCGGCUGCUCCACACAACUGAGCCCAGGCCUGUGGAUGUCCACAGGCCCCACAUCAAUAUCUCCGAGAGCCAGCCGCGAUUCCUUCAGGACGUGUUUGGGAACCGGCAGACACAGGGUUCAAUGACCCUCGUCCCCCUCUCACUCCUGGGAGGCACAGUCCGGGAGUUAGGACAGCAGAUCAUGCAGCAGCCUGCGGCCAGGGCCCGGAUGCUGGGCAACCAGGGCUUCAUUCCCACCCUCCUGGGUACCCUGUCAGGCAUGGGCCAGAGCAUCCCCUACCGUGCACAGUAUAAGCCACAGCAUGGCCUGCAGCCGCAGAAGAACAUGAGCUGGUUAGGAAGCCACACUCUGGGGACACCGAUGGUCACCGAGCCCUGUGCUCUGGUAAAGAUACUGAACGAGGGAGGCCGGAGAUUCUCCAGCGCCAGAAACAAGGUCGAAAGCCAUGCCCAUGCCCCCAGGCGGCCCCUCCAUAUGGCCAGUGGUUACACUGACUCUCUGACAUACCUGGCUCAUGCUGGCAAGGCUCCAAAUCGCACGUAUAGUGACUGCACCUUCCCCUCAGUGACAGACUCCCUCAACCGUGCUGCAGUCCAUGAGCUAGCCAUCAACUCUGCCUCUGCUCCCAUCGUCCAGCGCUCAGACACCUCACACCGCGCCAAUGCCAUGUCCAUUCUCCACUUCAACCACCACAGGUAA